AUGACAAUGAACAUUCAAUUUUUGUAUGAAAAUGGAAAAGGUUCUGCUGUUGACGAAUACGGCUGGCCUGAGCCAAUAAAAACAACUAGGGUUCACGUUCGUACAGGACAGAAAUGGGCUGCACAAUACGAAAAGGAUCCUGAAAGCAUAUUUGAGAAACGGAGAAAGACUGGCCGCCCACGUAUUCUCCAUGACAAACACAAAAAUGCUAUUCUUGAGUGCAUUGAUGAGAAUCCUUCCGUCGUCUUAGACGAAGUAAUGAAAAAUUUAAAGCAUACAUUUACAGAAUUAAAAGUAUCUAAAACUACUUUGUUUGAUUUCGUAAAAAAAAACUGCAAUUUGUCUCUCAAAAAAGCUCGGCUUCAGCCCAUAGACCGAAACAGUGAAGAAAGGAUUCAAGAGCACUUGGAUUGGAUUCACAAAUGGGAUAAAACAGAUAUGGAUUUUACAAGAAAUUGUGUCUUUCUUGACUAA